GUUCGUAGAUCAUUUAAUCUGUUUCUUCAUCCUUUUGAUAAAAAGUUAUAAUGAAUAUUCUUCCAAAGAAAAGGUGGCAUGUGCGGACUAAGGAAAAUAUAGCUAGAGUCAGACGUGACGAAGCCGAAGCAGCGGAAAAAGAGAGACAAGAAAAACGGAGGAUUGACCAAGCUGACCGUGAAUUGCGUCUUAAUAUUCUAAAGCAAAAAAGCAAACAAAAGUUAGAUAAUUUACAUACUACUUUCCCAACAAAUGAUACUCAAGAAGUUGAAGCUAUAACACAGGAACAUGUUAAUUUGUUUGCUGAUAUUGAACAUUCAGUUAGUACUACCAAUAAGGAACAUGAUAGAGAAGUAACUGAAAGGAAAGAAGAGUAUGAAAAGAAGAUUGGGUAUUUAACAUAUCUUGGACAGGAUACAAAUGAGGCACUUGGGAAGAAAAAUUGGUAUGAAGUAUUACCCGAUUCAUCAAGAUUUUGUAGACCUGACUACAUAAAGGAUACUUAUGAUAAAUUGGUACUCAAAGAUGAAGAUGGUAAACCGAAGACAAAAGAAUGUGAUGUGAAAGAUGGAGAAAUUAACUGGAAAUCUAAACAGCGACAUGACCCAAUUAAUGCAUUCAAAAAAUAUUGUAAUUCAGAAAAAACACACAUGGAAAAUAAAAGUAAAAAUAAAGCAGUUGUUGUGACAAAUUCAAAACAUAAAAAAGAUUCAAGCAAUAAAUCAGAUAAAGAAAUCAAACUUCAGAAGCUUCGAGAAGCAAGACUUAAAAGAGAACAAGAAGAAAAACAAAAGACUGUUUUAUUUUUAACUAAAUUAAAUGGUGGUCCAACAGUGGAAGAUAAAGAAAAGCCUAAAAAACUAAUGCCAAAGUACAAUUCACAAUUCAAUCCAGAGCUUGCAAGACAAAAUUACAGAUAAGACACAAAUACUUUUAUAGUCAGAGUACCUUCAUCUUCAUGUCCUUCCCUUUUCCUGUCCCACAAAAUAAAUUAGUAAAACUGUUAUUAGGAAUCUCCUUAAAAUCAAAAGUAUUUGUUUGUUCAUUGUAAGCUCAAGAUUUAUGGGUUCUGAUCAAUGAUCGACAGAUGGGAACUUGAAAGUAAAUAUUUAUUGAUUGUGCAAAUAUAAGUUUAUUUUAUAACAUAAUAUUGUAAUAAUCCUUUAUGGUCCGUUAUAGUGUGAGGUAAAUAAAUUAUUUAUAGAAA